AUGACAGCUUACUCCCAAGAACUGUUAAAGAAAAGCUGUGAGGACGACACCAAAUUUGCCUUCGACCAAUAUGUGUCGAUUUAUCACGCGUGCUUCAAGCCUGCGGCCUCAUCUUCUUCCCGUAGGCAUUACACGAAAGAGUGCACUGAACGUCUGGACAGGUGGACGACGGCAAGGCUACGUGCUGGAGCAUCGAACGAGCGCCCGGACGACAUGCUCGAGUAUGGGCUAAGGUUAGCUACAGGCACUCGGGCUCAGUUCAACGAGACCACCGCCCUUACGCUCUUCUUGAAGGUCAUGCAAGACCCAGUGCAUCCAGAAAAUGCACGCGCGAUAGCUGCCAACCUCACUUGCACCCUUCUCAAGCGAGACAUUCGCGUCGAUGCCAAGGAUGAGUUCGAUGGUGCAAGGGCAUUCUGCCUCGCGGACCUCAGUGCGAUGUAUGGGCUCUUCGCAUGGUGCUCCCUGGAUCUAAUCCAAAUCUACAAACGUCGUGGACACCCACCUGGGUGGAAGGCCGAGAGCUUCACGCACCUAUGGAAGGCGUACGACGCGUAUCAAGCUGAGAUCGCCUCGGGACGCGUAAGGCCACCGUUUUGCGCCGUCUGUGCCACCCUUCCGUCGGCCACUGUCAGACUAAGGAAUCGCGCUUGUCAGAAGGAGGACUGGCCGGAGCAUCGCAAGUGGUGUAUAUCUGACGGUGGUGAAGAACCGACGAUGGACUCAGACCAUGAUGACCUAUAUUGA